AUGCUGGAAUACUAUCCGCAGUCGUCAGGAAUCCGGGAUAACAUGAACAAAAGUAGCUAUUCUACCGCAGAACCUCCAGCUAACCUAAUUCAAGCCACCCAUGAAUAUAAUGCUACACAGAAUUCUUCUGAGGUUCUAAUCGCCAACAUAGUCAACCUAAGAAAGAAAAACGACAUGGCGCAGAUAAUCGAGUCCAUAAGAGAAGGUAUAAAUCAGGCAAAACUCCGCCUUGAGAAAAGGCUUGGAAAUCUCAGUGAUAUUCAAAGAGCUAGAUUGGAAGAGUGGGCAUUGGGUCGAUUAGAUCCAAAAGGAAGAAGAAAAUACAAGAAAUUUGAGGAAUUCGUUGGUGUUCUAAGAUGUCUUCAGAAUGCCGUCGCUUUUGGUGUUGGGGAGUUUCAUGUUAAAGUGGAACCCUUUCCGCGCGAGUAUAUUGAGUCCGUCGAAUUUUCCCAAAUAAAGAAAAGACUUAUUUCAUACAUGAAACAAAUUCAUUUCGACCUCUGUGACAACCCAUUCCAUAUUAUAUUUGACAGCAAGGACUUAUCAUAUGAAUUGUUUUCAGUUAAGGCCAGUGUUACUAAAAUUUAUCAAGUUUUGAGAAUUUUUCAAUCAAGUAUCGCACCAAAUGAUCAAGUAGUGGUUGUUGAUAUACCACAACUUAGUGAUUUGCAAACAUCCUAUUCUCCCGAGCUGGACCUUUGUUUCUCCUAUUUUGUGGUUAAACUGAGCUUCAUUGAAAUGCAUAUUAAGAAUCGUGAUUUUGACAUCAAAAAGUUUAAAAUUGUCACGGAUCGCAAGUCAGAACUAUCCGUUGAAGAAGUCCCUCCCAAAGAAAAAGCAACCGAAGAGGUGUUAACUCAUUCUUCUUCAAGAGAAACCCUAAGCAGUCAGGAAAGCUUUUCUCAAAUAACACCCUUGUCGGAAUUGCCAUCAUGCGAAGAGCACUUACUAACACUGACUGGAAGCUCUUCUACAUGUUCUCCCCAUAGUAACAAAAUUCCAAUUAUUGGGGCCAUUCCUAGGGGGUUUCGAAGUGAUUUGGAUCUUUAUUCUAAUAAUCCACAGGAAGAUAUGAGCAGGCAUUGCUUUGACUGUUAUCCGACCUGGGACGCUGCUGAUACCAAACAAAGGAGGAAGUUGAUAUUUACAAAGAUUGUCGAUGGCAGCAUAUAUUUUGUUGAAGUCUUAUUGGUUUUGCUUCCACUGCUCUUUUUAGCCCGAUUCGUUAUAUAUUUUAUUUAUUGGGUGCUUGGGAAGGCUUUUUCAGAAUUGAACUAA